AUGUCAACAAAAACAUCAAACUUAAAUACAUCAUCACAUAUAUCAUUAUCAACUUAUGACAAAAAUCAACCAAAUUUUCAAAAACGUAUUGAACAAUUUCAUGCAACAUCAACAAAUCCAUCAAAUAAUUCAGUGUCACCAACACUUGAAUUACCAUUAUCAUAUGCACCAUCUCUUAUAUCAAUCGGUGGUUCUCGUUCUCCUUCAUCAUCAUCAAGUCGUCCAUCAAAUGAAAUUCGUACACCAUUAAUAUCUCCAACAAGUUCUCCUCGACCACGUUUUACAAUAUCACGUUUAACUGAAACAUCAAUGACUAAACCAACAGGAGGACCAAAAAAACCUGGUCAUUAUAAUCAACGUCCAUCUUCUCCACAUCCUCAUCCACAUUCAGAUAAUUCAAAUCAUUUACCGAACUAA